CCCUACGUCACCCCCCCACUUCCGCCCACGCCCACAACAAAUAUGGCGGCGGCGCGGAGGGGAAAAGGCUCCGGCGGGAAACACGGGACGCGCCACUGCUGUCUGCGCGCCGCGAUCCGGGGUGGCCACGUCCCUGCCAGCUGGUGACGUCCAUCCAUCCUGGGGCUCGGCAGGAUGGAGGGCAGGGAUGUCCCCAUCCCCAUCCCUGCCCUGGCCACGGAGCAGCGGUUUGCCCAGCGCCUCAGGGAGUGUUUGGAAGAGGAGCAGCUCCUGGAUGGGCGCUACCGGUUUCAGGAGUUGCCAGGGGGCCGUGUGGCGCUGCCCGUGUUGGAGGAGAAGCUCUCCCAUCUAUGGCUGCCCCAGGACAUGCCCUGUGAGCUGCUCCGGAUCCAGGACCCUGUCCCCUCCAGGGCAGCCCGCAGGCGGACACCUGCCCAGAAGCUGCGGGAUGAGCUGCAGCAGCUGCUGGGCGAGAGCUGGUCAGAGGAGCUGGAGUGUGAUGUGCCCCAUGCCUGGCAGCGGCACGGGGACCUGGUCCUGCUGAGCGAGGACAGCUUCAGGGCUGCGGCAUGGGAGAAGCUGGGUCCAGUGCUCUGGGAGACGGUUGCCUCGGCUUUGGGUGCCCAGCGGCUGGCCAGGCGAGGACGGGUAUUGCCAGACGGGAUGCGGUCUCCCAGUGUCACCCUGCUGCUGGGCCAGGAUGGCUGGGUGGAGCAUGUGGACAACGGGAUCAGGUACACGUUUGACGUGACCAAGUGCAUGUUCUCGCCGGGCAACAUCACAGAGAAGCUGCGGGUGGCCUCACUGCCCUGCUCCGGGGAGGUCCUGGUGGAUCUCUAUGCAGGCAUCGGUUAUUUCACACUGCCGUACCUGGUUCAUGCCGGGGCUGCCUUCGCCCACGCCUGUGAGUGGAACGGCCACGCUGUGGAGGCCCUGCGGAGGAACCUGGUGCUGAACGGCGUGCAGGACCGCUGCCGUGUCCACCAUGGGGACAGCAGGCAGCUGGAGCUGCGGGACGUAGCAGACCGAGUGAACCUGGGGCUGAUUCCCAGCUCGGAGGAAGGCUGGCCCGUGGCCUGCCGCGUCCUGAAGGACACGGGUGGGGUUCUUCACAUCCACCACAACGUGGAGACUCUCCCCACACCAGCCCCACUGCAGACCCAAGUCCUGCAGGCUGAGCACAAGUCUCCGGAGGGAGCCAGCAACGAUGGAGAGGCACAGCACCCAACAGAGGAUGGCGGGAAGGAGACACUGGGGGCCAGGAUCAGACCCGAGUGGCAGAGGUGGGCUGAAGCCACAGCGUCUCGGAUCCGGGGACUGCUGGCAGAGUUGCGUGGGCAGCAGUGGUGUACCAGCAUCCUGCACAUUGAGGCGGUGAAGUCCUACGCACCCCAUGUGCAUCACCUUGUGCUGGAUCUCGAGUGCCGGCCGACGUUGCCCACUUAGCUGGCUCCAGUUUGUACAACUUGCUGGUGUUGGGUCAUCGGUGGCCAGGAGAUGCUGCCAUUGCCUGCUGCCAGCACGGAUGCACUUUAUGUCCCCUCGUUCCCAAGCAGCCGUGCUGCCUGGCAGUGCCUCCCUGUACCCACUUCUGAUACUGCAGAAGACAGUGGUAACUGAAAUCUAUUGAGAUCCAUAAUUACCUAAGUAAUAUACCACUGAAUUUUAACAACAGUUUGCAUGAUUAAGUCUAGACAGAGAAAGUCUAGUCCAAGUGAAUAUAAAAAUUUACUUCAGUGGUUCCUCUAUGUAGAUAAUUUUGAAAAUGCUAGCACAUAAAAUUGUUUUGUAAGGCUGGUUGUCCAUAUGCUGCAUAUUUAAGGGAAAGCAGGCAAAAUGUAGAGGGUUAGUAGAAGAAAGAAUAUGAAGUCUCAGCAUCACACUUCAUAUUGCUCAACGUUUUAAAAUGCAGGAAAAUGCAGCGGAUGUUCAUAUGUCAACAUAAUUAGCUGUUAAAAUACAUGUGUUCACCAACAGGAA